CAACGUCUGGGUCCAGUCGUGGUGUCCGCAGCCUGCCGAGAAGUCCCACCGGGUGUCAGCCCCAGACGCAAUAAAAUGGUUCCGGAGGGCUACACCGUUUACUCGGCCGCCGAUCUCUGAUGUGUGAAUUUCCAAACAUUGGAGAAAAAUGGUUGUCAAGAUUGUCGGGGAGAUAGAGAGAUUGGACGCUAAGCAACUGAGUUACCAUGAUUUCGUCGAGAACUAUAUGAAGAGAAAUCAGCCAGUGCUCCUGACAGGUUUGAUGGAUGGAUGGCAGGCUUGCAAGGAUUGGGUAAAGCCAAAUGGCGAGCCCAAUCUUGCUUUCUUCUCUACCCACUUCGGGAAAUCUAAAGUCCAGGUCGCGGAUUGUGGAACAAGAGAGUUCACAGAUCAGAAGAGGAAGGAAAUGUCUGUUUCAGAAUUCAUAGGCCACUGGGAGAGACUUCUUGAACAAGAUGGCAAUGAAUCACUUCUAUAUUUGAAAGAUUGGCACUUUGUUAAGGAGUACCCUACCUAUGUAGCAUAUGCUACACCACAUUUUUUCUUGGAUGAUUGGCUGAACAUGUACCUAGAUAGUUAUCAUAUGCAUGAAGACACAAACAGUGAUGCUUCUUAUGAACUAAACUGCUCUGACUACCGCUUUGUGUAUAUGGGUUGUAAAGGGACUUGGACUCCUUUGCAUGCUGAUGUAUUCAGGUCUUAUAGCUGGUCAGCAAAUGUUUGCGGAAAGAAAGUCUGGCAUUUUCUGUCGCCAUUACAAUCUCACCUUAUAUUUGAUAGGAAUUUGAAAAAUUCUGUAUACGACAUUUUUGAUGAUGUUUCUGAUACACAGUUCCCAGGCUUUAGAAAGACCGUUUGGAUGAGGUGUACUCAAGAGAAAAAUGAAGUUAUUUUUGUGCCUAGCGGCUGGUAUCAUCAAGUCCAUAAUCUGGAGGACACUAUUUCCAUUAACCACAAUUGGUUCAACGCUCACAACCUUUUUUGGGUGUGGAGUCUCUUAGUGAAAGAUUAUAAUGAGGCAAAAGAAUACAUAGAAGACAUACGAGAUAUCUGUGACGAUUUUGAAGGCCUCUGUCAACGAAAUCUUGCUGCAAAUACAGGCAUGAACUUCCCUGACUUCUUCACUUUCAUUGGAAGAUUCGCAAUUGCGAACAUGAACCAACUCCAUCAACUUGAGGAUAAGGGACUUUGUAUAAAUUUGGCCAAAGCACGUCAUCUAUAUUGCAAUUUAUUAUCUAUACAUAAAGUUGCAGAAGAGAUGAAAUCAGCAGUUUUCUUCAAAGCUGAGCAUUCUCAUGAAUUGACUAAGAAUGAAAGUGCCUUUCAGGACAUUAAAAGUUUGUUCAGGGAACCCAAGUUCCAUGAGCUUUGCAUGUCUGUCAAUAGAAUAUAUGGUACCUUGGCUACAUCUGCGAGACCAGAUAAUGAGAUGGGAAAAGUAUUGGGAUGCAGUGCAGAAAAAUUAGCAGAGAAAGAAAGCAGGAAAGACUUGGAUAUUAUCAGUGACCAGAACUGCAAUAAAGAUGUGAGCUUCAGCAUAUGGGGCCCUGAAGACCUUGCCAGAGUUAUUGACUGUACAAUUAGAAAUUUCAAAAUAUUUUCAUCUUAAACGGAAUUUCUUUCUCAAAUCUCUGGCACUUGAGAACGGUAUAUCAACUGCUCAAUUUUGGGUGUGUUGAUUUUGCUUGGUUAUUCGUCAUCAGUACUUUGCUGCUUAUCAGACCACCAUCACCAGGAAAAUGCACCAAUAAUUGGAGACUUGCUUGUCUUUAGUGAAGGUAUUUUGGUCAAUCUGUCAAACAUCUGCUUGACGUGCCUGAUUCGGUUCGAACUGUCUAACCAGCUAAUUCUUGCAAGUGUGGUCAGAGUCGUCUUUUCUGAUAAGCAUCUACAGAAUUUUGAGAUCGGGACCAACGUUAUUUGGCCAAUAUCUGUUAGCUAAUGGGAACAAAGGGCAGUUUGGUCACUUUACUGGAGGAACAGAGACUGGUCCUCAUUGAGCAUUUUCCGCUGCAUCCGCUGAUGAAUUUUAUGACAAUGUCAGUAGCCAUCCCUCCUUUUGAAGGCAUGAAAGAGACUUCAACUCUUGUAUCUAAACGGAUGAGAGAGAUUAUAAAGCUGCAAUUGUUACCCCCAAAGUUUGCAUCUAUCCUCUGUACUUCGUUCUUUUAGUUAAAAAACCUGGAUUUUGUACACUCUGCACCAUGCAUCUGGGGACAAAAUCUGAUCCACUUGUUUGUCGAAUGGAAAACACCCUUUCUUUGUC